GGGGCGGGGGGCGCGACUCCGGGCCCCAGGUGCCGCCGGCGCCCCAGCCCGCCCAGCCGAGCGCCCGCGACGCCCCCGGCUCCGCCGCUGCCGAGUGGCCGCCGGGACUCCGGGGUGGGGGAGGGCCGGAGCCGGAGCCGCCGCCGCCAGCCCCACGUGGAAAGAAAAGCACAAGAAGAAACUUGCACCGCUCCCGUCUGCUUGACAGUGAACGCCGAUUCCUGCAAAUCAAAGUUGAGCCUGCCUUGAGACCAUCUCCACCUGUAAAGUUGCAUUGCCAUGAUGGCACAAGCAUUUAAACCCCCGAGAGAAAAUCAUUUCUCUGGCCAGAGGAAUUGGGAAAGAGGCCCCUGGACACUGGAGUAUGCUGGGGAAAUCUCAGAGAGAAGAGAACUGAUGUGAGAGGAGAUUUCCUAAUUAAUUCCAAAACUGAUGGUCAUCCAUACAGAAGAUUACUUGAACCUAUAGGUUUUUGAAGAAUCAUUUCAAAAGAUCCAAAAGAACGCAAAAGGAGAAGUACAAAUGUCUACCACAAGACGAAAACGUAGUAUGUUAUGUUGUUUACCGUAAGCUAUAGUAAAAUGAGCUCGAUUGUUGACAGAGAUGAUGGUAGUAUUUUUGAUGGGUUGGUGGAAGAAGAUGACAAGGACAAAGCAAAAAGAGUAUCUAGAAACAAAUCUGAGAAGAAACGUAGAGAUCAGUUUAAUGUUCUCAUUAAAGAAUUGGGAUCCAUGCUUCCUGGUAAUGCUAGAAAGAUGGACAAAUCUACUGUUCUACAGAAAAGCAUCGAUUUUUUACGAAGACAUAAAGAAAUCACCGCACAGUCAGAUGCUAGUGAAAUCCGACAGGACUGGAAACCUACAUUCCUUAGUAAUGAAGAGUUUACACAAUUAAUGUUAGAGGCUCUUGAUGGUUUUUUUUUAGCAAUCAUGACAGAUGGAAGCAUAAUAUAUGUAUCUGAGAGUGUAACUUCAUUACUUGAACAUUUACCAUCUGAUCUUGUGGAUCAAAGCAUAUUUAACUUUAUCCCAGAGGGAGAGCAUUCAGAGGUUUAUAAAACACUCUCUACCCAUCUGCUGGAAAGUGAUUCAUUAACCCCGGAAUAUUUAAAAUCAAAAAAUCAGUUAGAAUUCUCUUGUCAUAUGCUUCGAGGAACAAUAGACCCAAAGGAACCAUCUACUUAUGAAUAUGUAAAAUUUAUAGGAAAUUUCAAAUCUUUAAAUAGUGUAUCUACUUCAGCACACAAUGGUUUUGAAGGAACUAUACAACGCACACACAGACCUUCUUAUGAAGAUCGAGUUUGCUUUGUAGCUACUGUCCGAUUAGCUACACCUCAAUUCAUCAAGGAAAUGUGCACUGUUGAAGAACCUAAUGAAGAGUUUACAUCUAGGCAUAGUUUAGAAUGGAAGUUUCUAUUUCUAGAUCACAGGGCACCACCAAUAAUAGGAUAUUUGCCAUUUGAAGUUCUGGGAACAUCAGGCUAUGAUUACUAUCAUGUGGAUGACCUAGAAAAUUUGGCAAAAUGCCAUGAGCACUUGAUGCAAUAUGGGAAAGGCAAAUCAUGUUAUUAUAGGUUCCUAACUAAAGGACAGCAGUGGAUUUGGCUUCAGACUCAUUAUUACAUCACUUAUCAUCAGUGGAAUUCAAGACCAGAGUUUAUUGUUUGUACACACACUGUAGUAAGUUAUGCAGAAGUUAGGGCUGAAAGACGACGAGAACUUGGCAUUGAAGAGUCUCUUCCUGAGACAGCUGCUGACAAAAGCCAAGAUUCUGGGUCUGAUAAUCGUAUAAACACAGUCAGUCUUAAGGAAGCUUUGGAAAGGUUUGAUCACAGCCCAACCCCUUCUGCUUCCUCCCGGAGUUCAAGAAAAUCAUCUCACACAGCAGUCUCAGAUCCUUCCUCAACACCAACAAAGAUCCCAACCGACACUAGCACUCCCCCGAGACAGCAUUUAUCAACUCACGAGAAGAUGGCACAGAGGCGGUCAUCAUUUAGUAGUCAGUCCAUAAAUUCCCAGUCUGUUGGUCAGUCAUUAACACAGCCAGUGAUGUCUCAAGCUGCAAAUUUACCAAUUCCACAAGGCAUGUCCCAGUUUCAGUUUUCAGCUCAGUUAGGAGCCAUGCAGCAUCUGAAAGACCAGUUGGAGCAGAGAACACGGAUGAUAGAAGCAAAUAUUCACCGACAACAGGAAGAACUAAGGAAAAUUCAAGAACAGCUUCAGAUGGUCCAUGGUCAAGGGCUGCAGAUGUUUUUUCAGCAAUCAACCCCUGGACUGAAUUUUGGUUCUGUUCAGCUUUCUUCUGGAAAUUCAUCUAAUAUCCAGCCACUUGCAUCUAUAAAUAUGCAAGGCCAGGUUGUUCAAACGAGUCAGAUUCAAAGUGGAAUGAAUUCUGGACACAUUGGCACAAAUCAGCACAUGAUACAACAGCAGACUUUACAAAGUACACCAAGUCAGAGUCCACAAACGGUCCUGAGUGGGCACAGUCAGCAAACGUCUCUUCCUAGUCAGACACAGAGCACUCUGGCCACCCCGCUGUAUAAUACUAUGGUGAUUUCUCAACCAGCAGCCGGCAGCAUGGUCCAGAUGCCAUCAAGCUUGCCACAGAACAGUGCCCAGAGUGCAGCUGUGACAACUUUCACUCAGGAUAGGCAGAUCAGAUUUUCCCAAGGUCAGCAGCUUGUGACCAAAUUAGUAACUGCUCCCGUGGCCUGCGGGGCAGUCAUGGUCCCGAGCACCAUGCUCAUGGGGCAGGUGGUCACCGCCUACCCGUUCGCUCCCCAGCAGCAGCAGCAGCAGCAGCAGCAGCAACAGCAGCAGCAGCAGCAGCAGCCGCCAAGUUCCCAGGAGCAGCCGCUCCCUGCAGCUCAGCAGCCGUCAGCGCAGCUGACCCAGACGCCGCAGCCAUUUUUACAGACUUCUAGGUUGCUUCACGGGAAUCCUUCAGCUCAGCUCAUCCUCUCUGCUGCGUUUCCACUCCAACAGAGCACUUUCCCUCAGUCACAUCACCAGCAACACCAGUCUCAGCAGCAGCAGCACCUGGCUCGGCACAGGACUGACGGUUUGACUGAUCCUUCCAAGGUUCAACCACAGUAGCCACCUCUCUGACCUCAUGGAAGGAGGGUUGAUCCACAAAGAAUUUCUCAGAUGAUCUGAGGAGAGGAGAACAAGUUCCGGCACUUGCUGAGAUGCAGUAUAGAGUGUUCUAGUUUCCGGAAUCACUUAGGGAAAAUGCUGCCUAGUGCUAACGAUAUACAAUAAUACCAGCCUGCAGGAGGGAAUCAGGGCCAUAGCCAAUUCCGACAGUGUUUUACUUGCCCAGAUACUUUUUGAUGGAAAAAGGAGUAUAUUGCCAAAUGUUUAGCUCAGCUAUGAACACGACCUCCAGUGAAUCAGAAAGGCACCGACGAUGUUAGUAACUUUUAGUGGUUCUGUGCCUAUUUUCCAGUGUUACAGAGGACACACCACUGCCGUGUCAGGGGUUUGCUCACAGUGAUGCCAUGCAGACAGUCCAGUAGACUCAGUAGUUCCCUUCCCAGCCCGCCCCCUUGUCAGAUAAUGAUGGAAUGGUGAUUAGUUUGAGAAUGUUGUGUGAGUUCCUAUUCUCUAUGUACAGAUACUGUAAAAAUAAUAUGUAUAUGUCUGGAUAAAAGGAGAGAAAGCAAAACUUUUGUAUGCUGCAUGAAAGCAUUAUCUCCUCCUUAUAGGUAUAUUUCCUUAGAUUCUGAUACCAUGUGCAAAAUGAAUACAUCCUUCAUUUCCCUUUUGUUUACAACAGACAUAGUGUUCUAUUCACUUUCCGGGGCACAAGUCUUUUUGUUCAUACUUUGGCUGUGAUGUCACAGUUCGUUUUGUGAGGUAUGAUGUGCUGCUGGGAAUGAUUUAUUUUUUCAGGUUAAAUUAUUGAAACAACAGGAUUUUCAAGUUAUUCAGAGAUAUCCCUCAUUUCAUUGUUUUUUCAAUUAUGUUUGAAAACAGGAUUUGCACUGUUAUUUUUUUUUAAGAUGGUUGGGAGUUUUGAUGACAUAUUUUGAUACAGUUCAUAGUUGGAAGUAGUUGUGUAAGUGGUUUUCAACAAGACUGAAAGUGAUUUCAAGAAUGUUUGUUAUAGGAGUAAAAUUUGCACACAAAACAUUUUUGGCACUUUUUAACAUUCUCACUGGUGGGAAUUUUAACUUUUAAGAUUUAUUGGAAUCUUUUUAUUAUCCUUCACAAUUUCAAUGCUUCUUUUAGUCAGAAACGAUUCAGGGUUAGAGAGGAAAAAACCCAUAGUGCCUUGAUUUUGAUUCAGGUGAGAACUCACCAUCUUGAAUUCGCUGUCUGGCUUCAGUAGCAGUUUUAAAACCUUAGUACAUUUUUCACAGCAUGUGGGUGUCAGUGCCAUUAUUAUUCUCCUAAGUUCUAUGAAGACUGCUCUGGGUCUCUUGGACUGGAGGUACAAGUAAGUUAGAAACAAAAGAUGACACCCCAACACUGUAUUAAAGUGAUUGCAAAGUUACUUUCCUAGUCUUCAUCAUCCAUCAAGCUAAAUACUCGUUAAAGAAUUACCAGUGACUAUUUAUUUGUUCAGUAUAAUCUUGAUGUUCCUACAGAAGACAAAAAAAGGGGUCAGGAACUCUUUGCUUUCACUCAUAACACUAGAAUAUUCUUGCUCAUGUGCUUUCUAAACAACCUAAGAUUUCUUUUCCUAUUCUAGAGGUAAUCAAGGCCAACAGAAAUUGCCUACAUUCAAACAAGCAUUUCCUAGGUCUUGUGGUACUAAUAAAUUUAUAAUUUCAUAAAAAGUUAAAAAUCGCUUAUGUAAUAUUAGAAGAUACUACUGAAGAAAGGGAAAAUAGCAAAUGAUAGUAACUCAGAAUUGAUCCUAACUGAAAAUGUGGAACAAAUUUGGGAUUGCUGAGCAGAGAAAGUUUCUAGCAUUGAAAAUAACCUGACUCAUACUUCACUAGAUACAGGAGCCCAAGAAUUCUGUUAGUUCUUAAUACUUUUCUGACCUCAGCUUUGCUGCCACCAUCAUACUUUGUCUUUCUUUAGAAAACUACCCAGCUACAUUUAAAUUAGAAAUACUGAAAAAUAAAACUACCAAAGAAAGUUGGUACCUACCCUUCUACAAAAGAAGUGUCAUGAGAUACCAAACAUUAACAUAUCAAGGAGCACCUCUUCCAGUUAUUGAGUAUCCAAGAGAGGGUGCUGACUUCUUCUGAAGCUGUCGGAACCAGACGUGUGUGUGAGCACGCGUCCAGACAGAACCGAUAGGGAGCGUGGCAACAGUAUUUAUUUCCUCCCUUUCCAAUGGCCUUUUUCUACCUUAGCAUGCUGUUCUGUUUCUAUGAGUUGUGCCUCAUUAGUUUGUUUGUGAUGUCUAGUGAUAAGGAUUUAGAUGACGAGGUAGGAAGAGCUGUAACUUUGAGGUCUUUCCUCUAAAUGCAGUGCUUACAGAAAGCAAACCACAGGUAGAUAGGUAGAUCCACGAAAGCAAAGCAUGCUCAGAUCAGCCGUGGGUGGAUUGGCUGACUAGUAAUUCACAUUCGCCAAUACUCCCUUUAAGUAUUUUUCAUCCUGACAAAUACAGUAAUCAGUAACCAAAUUUUUAUUUGGUAAUUCCUGUCCUUGACAGCCGCCUCCUUCCCCCACCCACUCCCCACACAGUCCUGGUUACUGAAUUUCAAGAAGCAGUGUACACUUUUCCUUUCCUGUCACUUUUAGGUGUUGUCAGAAGAGUUAAAUAAGCAUCAACUGCUUCUUUUCUCAUUGUUUUCCUUCUGCUUCUCAAACUUAACCACUGCAAAGCUGGCCCUGCCCUGCCCUGCCCUUGGUCCCAAGAACUGGCACUUGAGCAUACUGAAGAAGAUUCUGCACCUGUCUGUACUUCAUUCCUUUUUGUAGCCAGUGUACAUUCAAUUCCCAAAACCUAAGUCAUGAAAAAAUACCAAAUAGGAGCACUUUUCAGCUACUGGAAAAAAAUCUUCCCUCAGCUUUAGUCUGAUUAGACAGUUUUUCUUUUAAAAAAAAUUAUGUUUAUAUUCUGGGUAGCAGAGGGAAGACCUUUCACUUCUUUUUGUAAUUCUCUUGCUUGUGAUGGCUGUGACUGGCUCCAAGGACUGUUUAACAACAGCCCACAAGAAGGGAGUUGCUAGCACCUCCCCAGUGGUAUGAAAUCAGAAUCUACACUCCAUAGUACUCCAGUUUUUUGGUGAAAAAUCUUGGAGGAAAGCAAAUACAGGGGUGAGGUAGUACGUGAGUAAAGGUACAGUUCUGUCUCCGAAGUGUUGUCUUCGGUGAAGGGAUCACUGGGAUCCCAUGCUCAGCUCUGUCACUUAAAUCUGGCACACAGGAGUGUGCGAGUGACGCCGGGAUCCUGGUGACCGAGUGUGGUGUUCAGAACUCUCAGUGCUGACACCCGAGAGGUCCCCUGCACUCCCCAGAAAUGCUCGAGUUGGCCGUUGCCUUAAAGCAGUGUACUUGCUUGCUGACCGUGUGGGCAGACACCAUCGCGCCCUGCAGCUCUCUGAGGCAGUGGUGCACAACCUGUCCCUCACUGCAUCCCCCUACCCACGUGUUUCCUUUUUGAAGCGCCCCCCCCCCCCAUCCUCUCUCUGGAUCCUAGUCUCAUGCCAUGGGCUCCCCAGUCACCCUGUGCCCCCCUUGGAAUACCACGGGGCCAUGAGAAAUGCUGCUCUUAAGGCCACUGGGUCACAGGGAGAUGAAGGCCGCAUUCAGGAAGCCGCCAAGAGGCCCUCUGUUGGCCCUGCUCAGCACAGGGACAGUGAGUUUAGACCAGGUAUCACCCAGCUUUCUUUGGUUAUGUGUUAGGCAGAUUUGGGGUUUUAUUUGCUUUUGUGGUGCCAAGAACUGAAUCCAGGGUUCACAUGUGUGUGGCAUGCAAUUUACCACUGAAGCAGCUACAGCCCUACCCAGUGUAUUGAAAAAGGUUUCCACGACAUUGAGAGUGACUUUUUUCGAAAUGGAAAACAAGUAGCAUCUUACUCUAGAAUUGCUCACUUCCUUUUGCUUUCUAUGUUUUCUUUGGCGAUUCAAAAUCUGUUGAUGGACAUCUGUGUAAAAUUCACUCAAGUCUGUGACCUUUCCAGUAUCGGGGACUCUGUUCUUGAGUCCCUCAGGACUUAAUGUUGGAAGGUAGAAACACUGGAUAUUAUUAUUGCUGAGUGAGUCUAGUCAGGAAUAAGUUGAUCGGAGCUUUUAAACUGUGGGAGAGAAAUAGCACAAAGGCACAUGCCCUCUCAGUAGUGAUCAGAGAAAACCUUUUAAGUUUGUUUCAGUUGGGUGAACAUUCUUCUAAAAGGAGCUUCUAGAGUAAUUGCAGAGGAAAAGAGUUGACUAUUUUUAUAGCGUAUUUAAUAUAUUUGUAUAUAACUAUGAAUAUUAUAUAGUAGGAACCUCCCCCACGCCUCCCUCUUUUCUAAUUUCCUCCCCCUCCGCCAUAGCACUAGUAUCGCCUCAUCCGCAUGGGUACUGUGCCUACCGCCAGCCUACCAAGAGAUAGUGCUGCUGCUUUCUGAGACAGGUGAGACGCCCCGACUCUCAUGCCUGGGGAUCCUUUACACAGGAAUAGCACACAACGUCACACAAUACAACAGUCAAAACGCAUCCUUUUAAACGUAACGAGCACUUUAUUGCAACUAUCCAUUUUGAUAAAGUUUAUUGUCUUAGGCAUUACCGUUUCUAAAGGAUCCCCCAAAUCAUCACUUAGGUGAAAAUUUAAAAUGACACAUUUCUGAGAAAUGUUUAGAUCCAGUGAACCAUAGUAGGUUUAUGGGAGUGAUUUCAAGGUAGCCAAAUGAACUCUGGCUCUUGUUUUGAAUGUGGUGGUCAAGAGACUGUAGUUGCCUCGUUCCAUUUAGAUAUUGUAAACCUUUCUUGCCUAUUACUUGUGUGGACACCCAAAGAGACCAAUGAGCCUGUUUGUUUUCAGAGGUCUAGGAAAAUUGCAUCAAUGUGAAUAGAUGUCUAGCGCUGACCUAAAAGUGAAUGGUGUAAUAUUUUAGAAUGUAAUAAUUUCAAGAAUUAUUCUGGGUGUUUUAAAUGUGUUCUGAAAUGUUGGCAUGUCAUUUCAGUGUUUCCAUUUGAAUUGCUCUUGUAAUGUUUUUGCACAAAAAGACUGAGAAAAAUACUACUUUGGUUGAAGAAAAAUAAUUUGGUCCUAUUUUAAUGUCUCCUGUGGAAACACUGGGAGUGACUUUUGUUGGAAGCUAGUAAGAUAUUUU